AUGCUGAUCGGUGCAGACUAUAUCAACGCGAUACUGUACAGCAAGAAAGAAGUUAAUGGCGAGACUGUGUGGAACACAGAGAUCGGUAAUGUAGUAUCUGGUCCAGCGUCUGCACCCAGUCGAAACAGUCAGCCGGUGACUGUGUCAUGUGUCACAGCCCAUAUCGACAAACUAUGGCAGUUGGAUCAACCUCCAGAACCACAUCAGCACUUGCCAUCUUUCCUGCUAUGUCGCCAGGGCGGCGGGUACCAACAUCACUUGAAGGAGCUACGUGCGCUGUCUGCACCCAAAGAGCGAGACUGUAUUGAUCUCUUGCUCACGAUUUUUUACGUUGACGAUUUGGUCUCUAGUGUCUCAAAUGCCCCGCAAGCCAAGAAGAUGCAAGAGCUCGGCGUGCGUGUGUUUACAGAUGCUGGCAUGGAGUUGCGCAAGUGGCGAGGCAACGAAACACCGUUUGAUCCAGAGGCCGAGAUAAAGUCCUCCAACAACAGGACAUGCCUGGACUCUGCAGUAGCAAAUUAUCUCAACGGCCAAACUAUACCUAGCUUAAGGGCUAUUAUCCGCCAUCUUGAGAGCAAGUACCCAGAGGAGCAGGAGAAGGUAAUGGAAAUUGUUCGACAUGCCGCUGACAAGAAGACUGCUAAUUCUCGCAACCGUCGCUUUCUUCAGACUUACCUUCAGCUGGAGGAAUUUUAUUCCGAAGGCCAAGUGGACGCAAACACUCUAGUUGUUCUAGUUAGCGGGGAACAACUUGUUGGGAAGUCCACACUGAUCAAGACAUUGAGAAAAGAAGGAAACAAUGGCACAUCAAACGACUCGAAACGAACCCGAGGCAUCCAGAUGUCCAACUUCACUGAUGAGCGUGGUCAGCAUUUGCGUAUCAAAGAUCUCGCUGGGCAGGAUGCGUUUUCAGCGACACACGACAUUUUCUGCCUAUCCACAUCAGUACCAAGCCUCGGUCUUGCUGUUGUCAAUAGCAAAUGGGACGAGAAACUGAUUACAACAAGCAUAACCACCACAGCUGGUCGGUUUUUGAGCCGGAUGCCACCAUCAGUAACAUCAGACCAGCCGUUCAAUGUCAUGAUCAUUGCGACCUUCCGCGACGAGAUCAAGAGAGAGGAUCAUGGAAAACUUGCUGCAAAGCUUGCCACAAGCUAUAGUAGUGUCGAGAAGGAGUUUGGUGAUAAACUCCACUUUCGAGGACGCUUUGCUAUCAAUGCCACCGUCAAUGACGCAGACUUCGAUCGCCUGAGAGUCAAACUUUCUGAGGUCUGCAGAGAUAUCCUGAGCAAAUCUUGCAAGCAACCCAAAGUGCUCGGGCAGGCAGAGGAAGUACUGGCACAACUGCAUGACAACAUCCGAGAGCCAUUCUCAACAAAUAUGGAGUUCUGUCGACAGUUGUGUGCUGCUAGCCACGUAGAGUAUGAUGACGAUGCAGACAGCAUCAACACCGCACAAAUCCGUCGAUAUCGCAAGAUCCUCAAUGCGUAUGGGCUGAUUGUUUCUUUCUCAUCCCCUGAGCUGGACGACAUCAUUGUUAACCGACCCAACUGGUUGCUCUCCACGGUCAUUGGUCUCAUUUUCGCAGAACCUGGCCUUGACGAUGAAGAUAUGCUGCACUUCAUAGAUGGUGUUGCGAAGGUCCAGGAAGUCCUUGGCAAGCUUAACAGCUGCGAGGGAGCAGAAGGUCAGGGCCCUCUGCUGCUGCAGAUGGUGAUACAACUAGGUGUGUUGCUGCAGGAGAAAGGAAGGAUCCUGGCACCCAGCCGUCUUCCGACCGCUGACAACUGCCUCGGCCCACUGGCCAAGAAAGAUUCAUCACCUCGGUCGGCGUGCGCAGGAGUCUCUUUCACGACUCAGCACUGCUUCUCCACUGCUCUAGUUAUCAGGCUGCAGACAGAGCUGUACGCCUAUUUCCACGAGCUUCACGGCAUUCCUGCUGAGCUCUGGAAGAAUCUGGUGGUAGUGACUCCAGUCCAUUCCACAGCCCGUGGUUGCAUCUCCGUCACGGACAGCCUGCGCCAAGCUGUCGCUGUUGUCCAUGCGCCUGUUGAAGAUACGCUAGAUGGCUAUUGUCUGCUGGCUCUGUUGCGAAAGGUGUUUGAUAGGCUAGCAGCACAGUAUAGCCCGGGCACUAAUUACUCCACGAGCAUCCUCAGCUCUGCUUCCAUUCGUCAGCACCUCCACGAGCCAAGCACCAAGUUUGAUUUCGCUGUGUAUGAUGCAGCGCAAGUCAGAUCGUCCGUAGCAACACAGGGUCAUCUCUCCAACACCUACACUUACGUUGAUCGUGCCUCACUUCUUCUCGAAUGGCCGGUCAACCAUGCUUCACUGCUCUCUGCACAGUCCUUCGAGUCCGUCCGAGGAAGCCUUGGUGAGUCCGACCUGCCUGCACUAGCCACCUGCCUGGGCCUUACAUCAUCAUCUUCAUCAUGUGGGCACAGUAAUCAUCUACACGCUGCAGCAGCAUUGGUCCACAGCUGGGCAGUUACCGACUACCAUCACACCUCGACCAAGCUUCACCAGCUGCUAGUGAAAUCACCGAACGCCCAGCGCUUUGAAAAGAUCUGCAAGGUGCUACAGCAGCAUGAAGAACUGCUGGCCACCGAUUUCCCGGACAUAUUCCGGAAGCGUCGAGUGCAAGCCAUCCAGCCGGUCUCCACCGGAGCUACUGCAUCCACUGUUCAAUCAGACUCUGCAGACAGCGUUCCUUCGGGCAGCCAGUCACACUCUGAUCAAGCCAGUCAUUCCACUGCCCCUCGCCAAGAUGAUGCUGGCCAUGCUGAGCAUCACGCUGGUCAUGGAAGCUGUGGAAUUUUCCUAUCCACUUCACCACUCCAUGGCAUGUGGUCAACAGACGAACGCAUUGCAAACCUGUAUGAGGAGAAUGAAGCGGAGCUCUCUGAACAAACAGACUCGGCAGAGAGCGUUCCUUCCGCCAGCCAGUCACACUCUGAUCAAGCCAGUCCGUCCACUGCCGCUCGCCAAGAUGAUGCUGGCCAUGAGCAUCACGCUGCUGAUGGAAGUUGUUGUACUUUCCUAUCCACUUCACCACUACUGAAAGUUUUGUCAGAAAUUUCUGACUUUCGAAGGUUCAGCCGAAGCAUGGAACGGUGCAUCAGCCGCCUUAAACGUGAGGACUUUGCCCAAGCCGUUGCAAUACUGAUUGACCCAGAAUACAGCAACGAUUUCAAAGACGACAUGCAAGACUUUAUCGUGAGAAACGACCUUGGCACCACUAACAUACCGGAUAAUAUGCAAGGUGUUAUCAGGUGGGCCGUGGACCAAGCUGCAACGCGUGAAAUCACCCUGGCCGAGUUGAAGAAGAUUGCGCUAGACCUGAAUCCCGAAAAGAAGAAAAGGAUUGAGAAAACAUUCCAUGUUGAAACAUGGUGAGGCGUCAUCUUGAAGCUGCCCUGCCCAGCGGUGGCCUCUAUUCGUUCCUGGCUUGACUGUCAACUGUCUAUAUUCUACUGGUAGUGAGUCGCUCGACAGCAGAACACCUCAAGCAUCUGAAGACCAUCUUCCAUCACUUGGCAGAGUAUGGUCUGGUGGUCAUUGCAAGCAAGUGUGUCUUCAUGCAGCCCUCCGUGACAUUCCUGGGUCACAAUGUCAAAGCCACUGCCCGCGGUGGCAUUGAGACACUGGCAGAGAAGGUCAAGGCCAUGGUGGACUACCCUGCUCCAGACACUCACUCUGCUCUCUACCUCGCUUUCUGGGUUUAGUAAAUCUCUACCGACGCUUCAUCCCGGAUUGUGCAUGCAUUCUUGAGCCGCUCUCGGAUUUGUUAGCAGGCCCUCAAUCUCCCACGAACCUUUGUCGCGAGCGAACGUAGCAAUAAAAUACAUAAAAAUAAAUUCGGACUAACUCAUUUCUAUUUUGCAUUACAUGACGAUGAUUAACAUUAGUGUUUUCGUGUAUACCAUGACAAUGAUUGUGCUCUCUUACUCUCUCUCUUACAUUGUGCCUGAUUCCACGCUUGGGUUAGCAGAAUUCUGGUUCCCUAUCUUCAUUUCUAAGGAUUGACUCCAUUCCACUUCAAAGUAGCUUCGGAGGUAGUCUUCGUUUCUCUAGUCUUUGCAUUUCGUUCUCAAACAAAUUCUUCGUUAUGUUUUCGUGCCGUGAGUAAAGUCACGCGCUCUUGAUUUGUUUUGCUCGAGCGGGACUUUCCUUUCUUUCUUUUUUUGUUAUGCAUGACCCUGAUAACGUAUUGGUAUGAUGUAUAUGUGCACGUGAUCACUUGCCUCCGUGACUACGUGAUCACUAACUACAGCCAGUACUAGGCUAGCUGUAGGCUAGUGCACUUUAGCGAUUCGCUCUCCUUACUGCUACUUCUUCUGCGUUUCUAUUUUGUGGCUUCACUAGUUCCUUUUUCCACCAUUCCACGUCAAUGAAAGUUGUGGUCGCCAUUUUAAUGCAUGAUCUUUGUGCACAGAUGCCUGUAGAUGCACCUGCCCUGUUUCCGUUCCAUUUGGGUCUUUAUUCAGAAAGAAACUUUCCUAAUCAUUAAUGAAUGUUUGUAAAUUUGUUCCUUGGCUCACCGUCUGAGUUCUUAAAGCUAUUAUUCAUUUUCUGCUGCCCCCGGUUAUUUCUUUUAUUAGUAUUAUUACUUUCUUUGCAUUCGCUUUCUUGUUAUUGGGCAACUUGCCCGUUAGAAUCUGCGAAGUAAAAUAAACAACAACAACAAAUUAA